AUCAGCAGCUGGAGAUUAUAUCCCUAGAAAGAAUGGAGGACUCGGAAAGAACUGAUGGAGACGAUUCUGAGGAAAAUUUAAGAACAGAUGGAGAUAGCCCUGAAGAUAAUUUGAUAACGAAUCGAGAUAGCCCUGAAGAUAUGGGAACGGAUGGAGAUAGCCCUGAAGAUAAUUUGAUAACGAAUAGAGAUAGCCCUGAAGAUAUGGGAACGGAUGGAGAUAGCCCUGAAGAUAAUUUGAUAACGAAUAGAGAUAGCCCUGAAGAUAUGGGAACGGAUGGAGAUAGCCCUGAAGAUAUGGGAACGGAUGGAGAUGGCCCUGAAGAUAAUUUGAUAACGAAUAGAGAUAGCCCUGAAGAUAUGGGAACGAAUGGAGAUGGCCCUGAAGAUAAUUUGAUAACGAAUAGAGAUAGCCCUGAAGAUAGGGGAACGGAUGGAGAUGGCCCUGAAGAUAUUUUAGUAACGGAUGGAGAUAACCCUGAAGAUAAUCUGAUAACGGAUGGAGAUAGACCUGAUAAUAAUUUGAGAGCUAAUGAAGAUAGUAUGCGGGUUAAUUUGUAUAAUGCUCCAAGUAUGAACAAUUUGCAACGAGCCGCGAAUAUUGUGUGGGCAAGACCCUCACCAUUACUCGUUUCCAACAAUCUCGGCAACGAAGAAAGCAUAGAAAUGACUACACGAAGAGGAUCUCGGCAACCCCAGCAAUACGACCGACAGCGGCCCCAACGGCUCCCUACGAAUUAUUAUAAAUUACACUGGCUCUAUCUACUCGUCUGUCUGACGUUAUGCGUAUUCAGUUUCUCAUGCAGCACAAUACAUCUGUUGAAGAUAGCUUACAACUUUCCAAAGACGGUAAUUGAAUACAUGAGUGCUUUUCUAGACCUGGUUAUAGAUGGCAGUGCGUUGAUAAUCUUUUGUAUAAUUUUCCCAUUUUCGAAACGGGGAGCGAUUUUGCGCAACCGCCGUCUCAUCCAGUGUCUCGUAUGUACUUUAUUUAAAAUCAUGUCUGCUACAGUUAGCUUUGGUUUACAACAGGACUGGAUUGUGUUGGCUGUUCUCGUCAACAGCAUCACACUUUUGACUCUGUUGUGUUUACUGGGCUUGCGGAUGAAUUUCCCAUCUCUUCAAAAUCGAUAACCUCUACUUCUCAAUACAUACGAUCGUUUGUAUUUUGUUUUUCGGUUUUUAUAUAGUUCAACUUUUUAGUGUUUUGUCUAUAAAAAAAUAAAUGUUUUCAAAAAAUAACUUGCUACCAAGCCUUUUAAAUAAGGA